UAGAUGUACGGGGUCUUAUGAGAGAGGCAGCAGUGAAUUAAAAGUGGAAUGUCUUGCGCUGAUUGGUCGACCGGCUCCUGGCUAAACCCACUCUCUUUCAUCCAUAAAAGAAAGGACAGAGAGCCUAUGGGAGCGCUCGGCUGUCUCCUCCUACGACAUGCACGAAAGUUGGCCACUUAAACUACUUGAAGCCAGCCAGCAGACAUUAUACUGAACCCAAACUACACCAAGGGAAAAGAAUAACACUGCAUUUUUCUCCCCAACGCAGACACUUUAGGUGCAACUUCUCCAUUUUGCGAACUUCCCUGCACAAAGGGUUUGUAUUUUAUUUGUUGCUACCUUUUAUUCUUUAUUUUGGCACAUUCGUCGCACCGGAGGAGAGCAUCACUUUUAUUUUUCCCCCGGUGGAAGAAGGGCUCGUCCAGUUUCUCCGCCUGGGAUUGGGAUUUGACAGCAGCUCCGUGUGUUUUUGAACGUUUUAAAUAUAUUCUGCUUGGACUUUCCGAGAGUAUUGCAGGUUCGAACAGAGCCCCGUGUUUUUUUAGUAGCUACAUGAUGGCUACUUUGCCAGGAACAGUGCCUCGGAUGGUGCGCCCUGCGCCAGGCCAGAACUACCCCCGAACCGGCUUCCCCCUGGAAGUAUCCACCCCUCUGGGCCAGGGUAGGGUGAACCAGCUUGGCGGAGUGUUCAUCAACGGGAGGCCCCUGCCAAAUCACAUCCGACACAAGAUAGUGGAGAUGGCCCACCACGGCAUCCGACCCUGCGUAAUCUCGCGACAGCUGCGAGUUUCCCACGGUUGUGUCUCCAAGAUCCUUUGCCGGUACCAAGAGACCGGGUCGAUCCGUCCAGGGGCCAUAGGAGGCAGCAAGCCCAGGCAGGUGGCAACUCCUGACGUGGAGAAGCGGAUCGAAGAGUACAAGCGAGAAAACCCCGGUAUGUUCAGCUGGGAGAUCCGGGAUAAGCUGCUGAAGGACGGGGUGUGCGACAGAAGCACAGUUCCUUCAGGUGAGGCUUCAUCUGUGAGCUCCAUCAGCCGCGUUUUGAGGGCCCGAUUUGGCAAAAAAGAUGACGAGGAUGACUGUGAUAAGAAGGAUGAAGAUGGAGAAAAGAAAACAAAGCAUAGCAUCGAUGGCAUCCUCGGUGAUAAAUGUAACCGGACAGACGAGGGUUCAGAUGUGGAUUCGGAGCCCGACCUGCCCCUGAAGAGGAAGCAGAGGCGCAGCCGCACGACCUUCACUGCUGAGCAGCUGGAAGAGCUCGAGAAGGCCUUCGAAAGGACACAUUACCCCGACAUCUAUACCAGAGAGGAGCUGGCCCAGAGGACAAAACUGACAGAGGCGAGAGUACAGGUGUGGUUCAGCAACCGGCGGGCUCGGUGGCGCAAACAGGCCGGUGCCAACCAGCUAGCAGCUUUCAACCACUUACUUCCUGGAGGAUUCCCGCCCACAGGGAUGCCAACUUUACCCACAUACCAGCUACCAGAGUCCAGCUACCCCACCACCACGCUAUCGCAGGAGGGCAGCACGUUGCACAGGCCCCAGCCCCUGCCUCCAUCUUCCAUGCACCAGGGAGGUCUGAGUGCUGACAGCAGCUCCGCCUAUGGCCUGUCAUCCAAUCGCCACAGUUUCUCCAGCUACUCCGAUACUUUCAUGAGCCCUUCAGCUUCCAGCAACCACAUGAACUCAGUCGGCAACGGGCUGUCCCCACAGGUGAUGAGUAUCCUGAGUAACCCCAGCGCCGUACCCUCCCAGCCCCAGCACGACUUUUCCAUUUCCCCCCUGCACGGCAGCCUGGAGAGCUCCAACCCCAUCUCAGCCAGCUGCAGCCAGCGUUCUGACACCAUCAAGAGCGUGGACAGCCUGGCUUCUUCCCAGUCAUACUGCCCCCCCACCUACAGUGCCACCAGCUACAGCGUGGACCCCGUCACUGCAGGCUACCAGUACAGCCAGUAUGGCCAGACUGCCGUUGACUACCUGGCUAAGAACGUGAGCUUGUCCACCCAGAGGAGGAUGAAACUCGGAGACCACUCUGCAGUGCUGGGACUGCUGCAGGUGGAGACGGGACAGGCCUACUGAAGCCGCCCGGGACACGCCCUGCACCCCGCUCUAUUUCGCCCUCUGCCACCCUCCUCCAUGCUCCAUCAAGCCCGGACUCCGACUCGCCUCUCCGCUGCUCGCUCUGCAGCUCAGCCAUGAUAUCAGCGCACAAGACUCUCUGCGUCCCGGAGAAAGUGACGCCCGUGGGUGUGGCAUGUCCCCUUUGGGAAUGGAACUAAACCUUUCACGCCAUUGUCGACCACCAGGCGGCUCCGCGCCCUUUUUUGCUCAAUAUUUGGGUGUCUUCGCCUCCUCCCCGUACUUCUGUCUCAGACCCAGACCCUGUUUAUUUUGCUGAGAGGACCCCAGACGACCCAAAGACGGUCGCUUGACUUGGCCCCGGAUUCCUCUUUGUCAUGGCUGCAGUCCAGCACACAUUUAGAGCCAUCAACAACUUGUACCUUGACCUUGCUGUUCAUAGUAGUUAACAAAGCCAAUAUCAUUUGAACGACUCUUAUCCUUGUUCCUUUUUGAUAUUGUUAAGAUUAUUGUUGCUGUUAUAUGAUUAUGGUUAAUGUGAUUUAUGUUGUUCUUUGAUUCCAUUCGUAUCUCUUUUCUCUGUUAGAUGUUGGUGUGUAAAACGCAGUGGAUGACUGAGGUGAUCUGGGAGUGAGUGUCUGUUGCGUGUGCAUGUUUACGUGUCGGCACAGUCACACAAAGAGAGGAUGAUUGUUUUCCAAGCUGCUGUUCCUCUGCCUGUUCCCUGAGCUCAUGUGUUCAUGAGCGAUUUGACCUUCCCACUUUCAUAUUCAUCUUGACAUUCCUAAAGAACUUGGCCACUUUGUGGGAAGUCUGGCUGGAUGGAUCCUACAGGGAAUUAAAGCAGCGUUUUGGCGGCCAAUAGCUUUCCCCCUGUAACCUCCAUCCCAUCCUUAGCCGCGGUCCGUAGGAAGGGGGCAUUGUUUGCAAAAACAGGAUUGGGGAAAUUAAUGUAUUUUGAAAUACGGACCUUGCCAAGGAGGGCUAACUCACCCCCCCCCCGCCUCUUCACUCCGCUUAAAUCCCUGCUGCCAGGGAAUCCUGUGUGACUCAAACAGUGUAAAUCAGAUUAAAUCACACAAAUAUAAUGUCAAAGCUAAUUCACAGCGGCCCGUCCCAUUAUUAGCCAGUGUUUCAGGGUUUUUUUCUUUCUUUUUUUUUUUUUUACAACAUAAUUAGCACAUUUUGUAAAUGCACCUUCAGUUGGUUUCCACUUUUCGGCUAAAUAAGCAUUCCUUCGUAACAUUCCUCAGGCUCCACCCGCGAAUAUAAGCAUUCCAGCUUUCUCUGUUAUGAGAUUAAAAAGUAGACAAGCUGUGCCAUUCACAUGCACUCUGGAAAAUCACAUAAUCCAGUCAGUUGUGAAAGGGCACAGGUAACGCCACUGAUUAACCCCCCUCUCUGGUCUGGACCGGAGUCCCCUCCUAAUCCUCCGCUUUGACGUACUCACCGAAAUGUACAAAAGAAGAAAAAAAAAUUUAAAUAAUAGUGGAUAUGAGACAUUUGUGUAGAACUCAUAGUUGACUUUUGACAUGAUCCAGGACCAGCGGUUCCCUUGAGAUAUAUGUGAUUUUUUUUUUUUUUCUCCUAUUGACAUGAGUGUGAUAAUGACGAUGUACACACAACUGAUAACUCUCAAGAGGUCCUCCGUCGCCUUUUAAAAGCUAAAAAAAAUGUACAGUAGCUGGAGCAGAAUGUGUAUCGUUUCUUUAUAAAGAGUAUGUUUUAUACUAAAACAAAACUAUGUUGAGUGGUAGGUAAGCAAGGGAUCUGUGGAAGUAAAUGUUUAAUUUGAUUUUUUUCUUUAGCUGGCUUGUUCUUCUGUUGGUUUUCUCUUAAUUGUAUUUAAUUGGUUCACUUGUUUUGACCAAAAGUUUGCUUUGUUUUUUUUCUUUUUUUUUUUUUUUUGUCCCAGGUAACAAUGAAUUUGUAUAAAUUAAUAAAAUAAGAAUUCCAUUAAAAGUGUUCCAAUUAAAAUUGUAUUAAAGAGGAUCAAACUGAGCCGACAGGAAAAUGAAAGCUUGGCGUCAUUGACAGACUCCCAACAGGAGCACUGCAUGACUGAAAGGUGGCAGGAUCAAACACCAGGGUGUUUUUUUUAUUUUGUUUUUUUUGUUGACCACCUCGUUUUACAGACUGAUCGGUAGUUGUGAUCAAACUGGACCACGGACCUAACACACCUGAACCCUGAGCCUUCUGUGUGGGACUCUGCUGAUGGUCCAGCACAACCGUGACGAUCGUGAAUAUAGUGACAGCAAACACUCUGCUCUGGGAAAGCGUUUGCGUUGUGGACCAAUAAGACUUCAGGAGAUAACGCCAAAAGCGUCGCUGACUCCGCACUGAACCACAGCCGUUGCAGCUGCUCCACUUAGACGCCUCACUCAUGUGUAUAUUUUAAAGAGGAAGAAUUUUAGAAUUGUCUUUAGUGUAUCGAACCCAUUUCUAACACUUGCGUCAAUAAACAUUUGGAUAUUUAAGGCAUACAACUCUCUCUCUUUCUCUCUUUCUCUCUCUCUCUCUCUCUCCCUGCCUCCCCGACUGUUUGACCCUUAACCCGUUUAGUUGCUUUCUGACAUCUGUGCUUUGCUUUACUCCUUUUUCCGUUCCGCAUGUGUGUAUAUUAUCAUGGUAUAAUUUAUUCUGCUGUAUGAAGUAUUAGACUAGUGGGAAACUUGUAUUGGUAUUUACUACCUUCAGCCUGUUGGUGUGUUUACUGUAACACUGGCGUAACUGUUAUCAAUUAAAGAUCCAAAACUGA